CCGUGUAACGCCGCUAACCGCGGUAGUACCGUUAAACUUCUGGAAAAUGUUUUAUUUUCCAGCAAGAAAAUGUGCUUAUAUAGCUAAAAUCGGAAUAUUGUUUACAUUAGUGAUCGCUUUAAUAACUUUUUUCGAACAAUGGCGAGGCGGUAAACGGUCCGUGGACGCGACUUUUUCUGAUCCGAUUGAGGCUGAAUUUGAAAGACAAAUUUUGGAAGAUGAAGCCCGAAUUAUCCCUGGGUUGGGAGACGGGGGUGUUGCGGCAUACCUGACCGGGGAAGACAAGCGUCUUGGCGAAGAGUCUGAGAAGAAACUGGCCAUGAACGUGCAUCUCAGUGAUAGGAUAGCGUAUAACCGUACUUUAAAAGAUUACCGUAACCCAGCUUGCCAGCGAGUGGUCUACGAUGCAGAGCUCCCCUCUGUGUCUGUCAUCCUGAUAUUCCACAAUGAGCCCUAUUCAGUCGUCAUAAGAACAAUAUGGAGUGUUAUUAACAGUGCCAGGAGAGAUCAACCAUGGUAUUCGAAGGCAAAUUUUGUUGAACGAGGAACAGGCAGGACUAUGCAGUUGGGUUACCCAGGUCAAGACCCUACAUCAUCAUUAGUUUACUUAAAGGAGAUAAUCCUGGUCGACGAUAACUCCACUCUACCAGAGCUUAAAGGAAAGCUCAGUUACUACGUAAAGACCCGUCUGCCCCCUGACCUGAUAAGGAUUUUAAGAUUGCCAGAUCGUGUUGGUUUGACGAGAGCCCGUCUGGCGGGCGCGAGGUACGCCACAGCAGAUGCCCUGGUAUUCCUGGACGCUCACUGCGAGACUCAACGCGAUUGGCUCAGACCUUUGCUUCAGGAGUUGAAGGAGUCGCCCAGGGCAGUCCUGGUGCCCAUCAUAGACGUGAUAGAUGCUUCGAAUUUCUACUACAGCGUCCAGGACACGUACUCAUUUCAGGUUGGAGGUUUUACCUUCACUGGUCAUUUCACCUGGAUUGACGUUCCCGAACGCGAGAAGAAACGGCGCGGCUCAGACAUCGCGCCGACUUGGUCCCCAACAAUGGCAGGGGGUCUGUUUGCCAUCAACCGGGCUUACUUUUGGGAGCUGGGCGCCUACGAUGAACAGAUGGCUGGCUGGGGCGGUGAGAAUCUGGAGAUGUCGUUCAGGAUAUGGCAAUGCGGUGGAACACUAGAGACGGUUCCAUGCUCACGAGUCGGCCACGUCUUCAGGAGUUUCCAUCCCUACGGACUGCCCGCCCAAAGCGACACACACGGUAUAAACACGGCUAGGAUGGCGGAAGUGUGGAUGGAUGAGUACGCUGAGCUGUUCUACUUGCACCGACCGGACCUCAGGAACAACCCGAAGAUAGGCGACGUGACCCAUCGGAAGGUGCUGCGUGAGAAACUGAAGUGUAAAGACUUCCAGUGGUACCUGGACAACGUCUACGAGGACAAGUUCGUGCCGGUGCGCGACGUCUACGGCUUCGGGCGAUUCAAAAACCCCGCGUCCGGGUUCUGUUUGGACACGAUGCAGAGGGACGGAGAGGCGUCGCCUCUGGGCGUCUAUCCCUGUCACUCCACACUGCAGGCCACUCAGUAUCUGUCUCUUUCACUCCGCGGGGAACUCCGGGACGAGGAGAAAUGCGCUCAGCUGCAAUAUACUAGAAGCGAGAAUGAUGUGAACGAUGACACCGCCAGGAGAGUGCUGAUGACCAGCUGCCACGGGAAACAAAGGGGCCAGAAAUGGAAAUACAUUCCGUCCACCAGUCAACUCCAGCACGUCGACUCAGGCUUGUGCCUGGACGCGGGCUUCGAGGUCGGAGCAGACGUCACGGCGAGGGCCUGCAGCGGCAAGGUCCAGCAGCGUUGGCUGAUCGAUUACGCGGAGUACAACCAGUUCAAAGGGAAGAGCGGUGAGACGAGUGAGAGAGACGAGAAGCUACGAAGAUUGAGGGGACAGAGACGAAAAUCUCGCUCGCUCUUAUCGCACGAGGGGGGCGCGUUGCAGCGCUCCCACGAGCACCGCAGCAGGAAGAGGAAGCAAAAGAAAAGGAAGAACAAGAGUAAAAAGAAACGCAAGCGCAAGGACAAGUUCAUACUGACGCUGCUGCGGAGCCGCCCCGGGGCGCCCGACGAGCACCUGGAGGCCGAGCUGUACUGCCGCCACGCGCGCCUGCACCCCAACAACAGCUUCGUCAGGGACCUCGUCGCCAUCCUCAACGACAAGGACGUCAAGGUGAUCAACAACGGGCGUCUGUUCGAGCGCGGCGGGGUCACCGUACUCCGGGACGCCGAAAUCAAGAAAAUGAAGAUCAAGCGUCAUGACGACAUCGAUGACGUCACGACCUCAAAACCUGGCCAUAAAAAGUUUAAGACAACGCCAUCGGUCAAACGCAUCCCCGCCGUGAACGUGGCGACGCUGGCGCCCCCCGCCGGGCGCGGCAAGCAACUCAACAAGAAGAUUAUCAUUGAAGAGUUCGUGGCCGUCGCACCGGACGAGAAGACCAAGAAACUGAAGAAGCGUAAAAGAAAACACAAGAGACGCACCACGGUCCCCCCCGCCGCGUACGGAGAGGGGGAGGGAGUGCUCAACCAUAACACAGAGAGGAACGCACACGCGUCUGUAGAGCUGACGGACGCGCCACCCUCGUCCGCCGAGGACACCCCCAUGCUCAUGGGGGCCGAGCGGGGCGCCGACAGGAAGGUCAACGAGCUGCUCAGAGACGACAGCCGUGAGAACUGGGACGUGGGUGAGUCUCGCUUCCGGCGGAACAACUCGCAGACGCUGCUGCAGCCGCUGCGGAGGCUCACCACCGACGAGGGCGGCGCCGACAGCGGCGACGAGUCGUCGAAACAAGAUGACGUCACGCCCGAGCGGGACGAGGACAGGAAACCGGUCAAGGUCGUGCUCCGCAGCAACCUGACCUUCAACAUCGGCGAAGAUUUCUUCGCGUGGAGACCGAGGGAAGAUGAGAAAGACGACACCGCCUCCACAAAAGAUGCGAAGGCACAACAGAUACAGCUGAUCAUAAAACCUAACCCGGGAAUACUCGUAGACGACCAGAGGCCCGCCGCUGACGUCAGGAGUGACGUCACGAAAACGUCAAACAAGAGGAUUGACAAACACAAAGACCUGUCAAGUUUUGACAGGAGUCGCAUUAGACAUGUGUCAGGCGAUGGGAAUAUAGAUCAGCGUCAGGAAGACAGCUUCGAGGAUGAUAACGUGUUGAGGGGGGGCAGCAAGGCGAGCAGCACUACCGAUGAUAAGUCCGAUGGCUCGUCCAGUUCCUCUGAGAGUUGUGAUGAUUGAUUUAAUUCAGGCGUUGAAAUUAAAAAUUAAAAAAAUUGGUAUUAAAUUAUCAGUGGCUCAAAAUGAACUUUAUUAGGUUGGAUUUUAUAUAAAAAAAAAACAAAUAACUAUGCAGUUAUUAAACGAAGCUCUGAUUUAGUAUAUUGUACAUAUAUGGUAUGGUCAAAUCCCACUAAAAUUAAACUUGAACUAUAUUUUUUUAGAGCACACCUAUUUAUGUUUGUUUUCUUUC